CCGCAACACCCGCACCUGGCCCACCAUGCUGUCGCCGAUGAUGCGCUCACGGCUCGGCACGCAGUGCCUGCACGCCUCGUCGAGCCGCAGCGCCGCCGCCGUGCCGCUGGCCACGCGCAGCCUGUGCAUCGCAGCUGGCCCGACACCGCGGCGAGGCGGAGCCAGCCGGCGCUCGCUGCGGCUGCCUGCUGCGGCCACGCCGGCGCUGGUGCGCUUCGCCGGCUCGGCCUCGGGUGCGCUGGCGCCGGGCGUGUCGGUGCCGGACCCGACGAUUGUCCUCUCGGGCCCCGAGGCGGCACGCAUGGCGCGGCAGCGCAACAUCGGCAUUGCCGCGCACAUCGACAGUGGCAAGACGACGGUGACGGAGCGUGUGCUCUUCUACACCGGCCGCAUCAACCAGAUCCACGAGGUGCGCGGGCGCGACAAUGUCGGCGCCAAGAUGGACCACAUGGAGCUCGAGCGCGAGAAGGGCAUCACCAUCCAGAGCGCCGCGACGUACUGCUCCUGGAUGGCCACGCCGCCCACCGAGACGGGCACCGUCAGCGGCGAUGUCGGCAGCGGCGAGACGGCGGGCAAGGAGGAGUUCCGCAUGAACAUCAUCGACACGCCGGGCCACGUUGACUUCACCAUCGAGGUGGAGCGUGCGCUGCGUGUGCUCGACGGCGCCGUGCUGGUGCUGUGCGCCGCGUCGGGCGUGCAGUCGCAGACGAUCACCGUCGACCGGCAGAUGCGCCGCUACUCGGUGCCGCGCAUCAGCUUCAUCAACAAGAUGGACCGCGCCGGUGCCAACCCGUUCCGCGUCAUCGAGCAGCUGCGCUCGAAGCUGAAGUGCACCGCGGCCGCUGUGCAGGUGCCCAUCGGCAGCGAGGGCGGCUUUGAGGGCGUGGUGGACCUCGUGCGGUGGAAGAGUGUCUGGAACGAGGGCGACAUGGGCAUCGUGGUGCGCGAGUCCGACGACAUUCCCGCCGAGGUGCUCGAGUUCGCCAAGGCGAAGCGCCAGGAGCUGAUCGAGACGCUGGCCGACGUGGACGACGAGAUGGCCGAGAUCUUCAUCGAGGAGCGCGAGCCCACGAUUGCGGAGCUUGCCGGCGCGAUCCGCCGCUCCACAAUCGCGUGCAAGUUCUCGCCGGUGUUCAUGGGCACGGCGAUGAAGAACAAGGGCGUGCAGGCGAUGCUCGACGGCGUGUGCGCAUACCUGCCGAACCCGGCCGAGGUGCCCGCCACGGCCAUGGACAUCAGCACGAAGGCCAUCAAGGGCGCGCAGGAGCAGGCCGCGCAGGCAGCGACUGACUCCGGUGCCGACGAGGAGGCGGUCGAGGCAGCACGCAAGGGCGCGUCGCUGCCGCCCGUCGCGCUCUCGCCGUCGUCCGAGGCGCCGCUGGUCGGCCUUGCCUUCAAGCUCGAGGAGGGCCGCUACGGACAGCUCACGUACCUGCGCGUGUACCAGGGCACGCUGAAGCGCGGCAACAUGCUCUUCAAUGCGCGGACAGGAAAGAAGGUCAAGGUGCCGCGCCUGGUACGCAUGCACAGCAACGACAUGGAGGACGUGGACAGCGUCGGCGCCGGUGAGAUCUGCGCCAUGUUCGGCGUCGACUGCUCGUCCGGCGACACGUUCACCGACGGCACGACGACGCUGAGCAUGACGUCGAUGUUCGUGCCCGAGCCCGUCAUCUCGCUGGCGCUGGCGCCCGAGACCAAGGACGCCGGCGGCGCCAACUUCUCGCGCGCCCUCAACCGCUUCCAGAAGGAGGACCCGACGUUCCGCGUGCACGUCGACAGCGAGAGCAGCGAGACGAUCAUCUCGGGCAUGGGCGAGCUGCACCUCGAGAUCUACGUCGAGCGCAUGCGCCGCGAGUACAACGUGCCGUGCACGACGGGCAAGCCGCGCGUCGCCUUCCGCGAGGCCAUCUCGUCGCGCGCAGACUUUGCCUACACGCACAAGAAGCAGACGGGCGGUGCCGGACAGUUUGGACGAGUCAUGGGCUACAUCGAGCCGAUGACGAUGGACGAGGAGACGGGCAAGGAUGUGGCGUUCGAGAACCGCGUCAUGGGCGGCUCGAUCCCCAACGGCUACUUCCCGGCGUGCGAGAAGGGCUUCAUGGACGCGCUCGAGAAGGGCAUGCUCUCGGGCCACCCGGUCACGGGCGUGCGCUUCGUGCUGGAGGACGGAGCGGCGCACUCGGUCGACUCAUCCGAGCUGGCCUUCCGCCUCGCCACGGCCGGCGCCUUCCGCGAGGCCUUCAGCAAGGCCGGGCCCGUCAUCCUCGAGCCGAAGAUGACCGUCGAGGUCGUGGCGCCGACAGAGUUCCAGGGCGCAGUGAUCGGCGCGCUCAACCAGCGCAAGGGCACCAUCGAGGACACCGAGGUGCGGGAGGACGAGUUCACGCUCACGGCCGAGGUCAGCCUGAACGACAUGUUCGGCUACUCGAGCCAGCUGCGCGGCCUGACGCAGGGCAAGGGCGAGUUCUCGAUGGAGCUGCGCAACUACCAGCCCGUCAUGACGAACAUCCAGCGUGACAUGGAGGCCGAGUACAAAAAGCAGCUGUCCAAGAAGUGAGCGCGGCCGGCGCGCCCCGUUUGCUCCUCUUCGACACAUGCCCUGCCUCGCAUCACCCCACCCCACACUAGAGAUCGCGG